GGGCGCUCAGUUACAGAUUGCUCGUUGGCCCGCACGCGUGUCGCCCUCUCCCCGCGCCUCCGCGAGAGCACAUACGCGCAUGUUCCAUUUUCAAAAUUUUCCCUCCGAUUUUCUUUUCCUUUUUAAUUCGUGGAACUAGUGAACUGUUAGUUGACGUGAGUUCUACGCUUACUUGGAUCGUUUGAUUGAAAAGCUGAAGUUUAUUAUCAGUUACCGUUGAUCAGCAAAUAUACACCCAGGAUAGAAUAAUAAAUCCACCUAGACGCAGCAACACCAGUCGGCCAUGUUGAUCUGCUGGCUGACGCUGGCGCUGCUGGGCGCGGGCUGGCGCGCCGCCGACGCCUGCAGCUGUGCGCCCGCGCAUCCGCAGACGCAGUUUUGUAAUAGCGACUUUGUGAUCGUAGGGAGGGUGCAGAAAAUGUUCAAAGGCAACGAGUACUACAACGCCUACAAAUUGAAAAUUCGCAACGUUUUCAAAAGUUCACCAAAGGCCGCGGUGGCGCUGAAGUCGAGUCGGAUCCUGACUCCCUCCCAGGACUCUUUCUGCGGGGUCACGCUGCGGCCGCGGGAGACCUACGUCAUCACUGGCACAGUCCACCAACUCCAGGCGCACGUGAACCUGUGCGGGCUGGUGAGCAAGUGGCGUGACGUCACGCCGCGGCAGAGGAAGGGCUUCCGCAUGCUCUACAAGCAGGGCUGCACUUGCAAGGUCCACAUGACCAGACGACGGACGAAGUCUCCCAACACGUGCGUGACGAACUUCAACGAAUGCUUCGAGAGCCACGGCAUCUGCCUGCACGACAGCAAGGGGAAGUGCCGGUGGACCAGGGCGCCGGCGCUGACGAGGUGCUUUCAGUCGCAGCGAGGCAACGGCACGAUGACCUGACUGCCACCGAACCAAUUUAUUUAAACACUAAUGUACCUUCCGUUUGUAAACUACACCGCGACUCACCGUUACUAGGGGAAAAUUCGAAAAUAACAAACACUACCUGAAAGUGACUUGUUUUUUAAGUUGGUAUUUUGUUGAGUUAAAGAAUACUGGAUUCGAGGGUAGUUCUUGUACUAUUUAUGUUAUGUUAUACUUAUUGUAUUUUCGGUUCUUCAGAUUGCAUUUAACUGCACACAUAACAAACGGGAAACUCGUUUCUUUAUUUACUGUUCUAAAAUACAAGUAAUUAAGUUAUUUUUCAUGUUCACUCUGUGAUUUUUCCUUUCCGACGAAAUAACUAAGGUACCUAAUUGUUGUUUUGUAGUUGAGAGAGUAAUUUUAACGUUAUUUUUGUAUUAUUUAUUGUAAGUUAAAAUGUGCCACUAUACAUGAUGGAAGUCAUUAGCGGUCAAGUUCAAGACUGGACAUUAAGUAGGCGUUUUAUCCUGAACAAUUUAAAAUGAAAAAAAAUUACAUUAUUUAAAUAAAAGUUUACCGAUUACAAUGGUACAUCUAACUUUGACUUGAUCACUAAUGAAAUUCAACCUAGUAUUUGUGAAUUAACAGUUCAUAGUGAUAUUGUUAACAUAGGUUAAAAUAAACCAUUUUUAUAAAAAUCUUA